AUGUCUACCCAAGGGCGCGGUAGUUUUCAGAGCCCGUGGUCUUCACAAACAGUACUGUCGGAAAUUGAGGGUACAAUGGGAGAUUUAGAACCACUAGGCGAACUUACGGAGGUUGGUUUCGAACCACAAACACGCGCGCGAUCUAACACGUGGCCUCUGCCGAGGCCUGAAAACUAUGUAGACCCGGCUGACGACACUGGUUCAAAGAAGAACUCCAAUCAAAAUCUUACUGGUGCGCCGCCAUUGCCGUCGUCGGCGGUCACUACAAAGAAAAAUUCCUCGCGUCGUAACGCGUGGGGGAACCUCUCUUACGCUGAUCUCAUAACGCAAGCCAUCACCUCCGCUCAAGACAACAGGCUAACAUUAUCACAGAUCUACGAGUGGAUGGUUCAAAACGUGCCAUACUUUAAGGAUAAGGGAGACAGUAACUCAUCAGCUGGAUGGAAGAACUCAAUCCGGCACAACCUAUCAUUACACAACCGGUUCAUGCGAGUGCAAAAUGAAGGAACCGGUAAAUCAUCGUGGUGGAUGAUAAACCCUGAUGCAAAACCCGGCAAGUCAGUCAGAAGACGGGCGGCGUCUAUGGAAACGUCAAAAUUUGAAAAAAGGAGGGGCCGAGUCAAAAAGAAGACUGAAGCACUGAGGAACGGUGCACCAGCAGACGCUACUCCCAGUCCCAGUAGUUCCUUGUCGGAGAGCCUCGAUAUGUUCCCAGAUUCACCUUUACCCAGCAGUGGUUUUCAGUUAUCACCGGAGUAUCGCCAGAGAGCUUCAUCCAAUGCAUCGUCGUGUGGCCGCCAGUCACCAAGAUCAUCGCUGCUAACUUCAGAACCCGACUGGGUCACCGACACGUACAAUCCAGCUAGCGAUUUCCCAUCGUCUAGCGACUUCACAACUACAGGAGAUUUCGCAACUACCAGUGAUUUCACACAAGUGGACUUCGCUCAAGAAGAACAACUGGCUGGUUCACUCGCGGACUCAAUGAAACUACAAGGAGCAGAUCCGUUUCUAAAUACAUACGUGCCGACUACGUCGUCGUCAUCCUCGAGUAGCGGCUACCGGUACUCGUUCGGUGCGUGCCCGCGGCACCCGCACGGCGCGUGCGGCUGCUCGCUGUACGCGCACCCCGCGCAUCCCGCGCACCCCACACAUCCGCAUCAGCACGCGCUCGACCACUUCGUGCGCCCGCCCCCACCUGCGGAUCCCGCCGAUAUCAUGCAGACAGAAAAUAGCCAGACUCGGAUGGUGACAUCAGACGCGGCGCUCAUGAACGGCGGCAUGAUGGUGCAAACUGGUGCAUUGGGACCUACCACCGUUAUGGGGCAGAUCAUGGGCGCCCUCAACACUGGGAUGGUGGAAGACUUGAAUAUCGAAUCUUUGGAGCAUAGCUUCGAUUGCAAUGUGGACGAGGUGAUAAAGCACGAACUAAGCAUGGAGGGAACGUUGGACUUCAACUUCCCUCAGCAGAACAGCGCAAUGGCUGCGGAGGCCGAGAGCCAGUUCGCAGCGCCGGCGCCGCCGGUGCCCACCACGCUGUCGGGUGGCGGAGCGCCCAGAACCCCUUACUCCGUCGCCCCCUCUUGGGUGGAAGCUUGUGAUAUAGUUAAGCUUGUUGCUUGGACCGAGAGGGGGCGUGAGUUUGAUCCCACAUCAUGCAGUCCAACUGGAAUUUUAAUUAAGGUUAUGCAAAUAAUACGUAAUGCGGAGACACUACGCUUACUGCCUUCGCACCGAUACUUGUAA